AUGACAGAAAAAGCUCGAGAAUAUCUGCACAAAACCGGUCGCUUCAUCGUGAUCGGAGGAAUCAUCUCCCCGGUGCACGACUCCUACGGGAAACCUGGUUUAGUGCCCAGCAGACACCGACUCACCAUGUGUCAGCUGGCUGUCCAGUCCCCUGAUUGGAUCAGGGUGGAUCCCUGGGAGUGUUACCAGGACACCUGGCAGACGACCUGCAGCGUGCUGGAGCAUCACCGCGACCUGAUGAAGAGAGUCACCGGCUGCAUCCUGUCCAACGUCAACACGCCAUCUACGACUCCUGUGAUUGGUCAGCCACAGAACCAGACUCCCACCCCCAUCUACCAGAACCACAACAACAUGAACCACAAGCCCACAGCCGUCAAACUGUGGGGGAAGGUCAGCGAGAAUUUGGGGAAAAUCUGCUGCGUCCGCCCUCACAUUGAGCGCUUCACCUUCGUCGAUGAAAACGCUAACCUGGGGAUGGCGAUGAGAUACGAGGAGAUCGAGUUACGCAUCUUGCUCCUGUGUGGCAGUGAUCUCCUGGAGUCCUUCUGCAUCCCUGGCCUGUGGAAGGACAGUGAUAUGGAGGUGAUCGUGGGGGAUUUUGGGAUCGUGGUGGUUCCUCGUGAUGGAGCCGACACCGAGAAGAUCAUGAAUCAUUCCUCCAUUCUCCGCAAGUUCAAGGACAACAUCACUGUGGUGAAAGAUGGGAUAAGCCACCCGAUGUCCAUCGUCAGCUCAACCAAGAGCAGACUGGCCCUGCAACACGGUGACGGCCACGUGGUGGACUACCUGAGUCAGCCUGUCAUCGACUACAUCCUGCAGAGUCAGCUGUACAUCAACGCCUCCGGAUAGAGAGCUGCCGCAUGAGAAAAACAACAACUAAACUUCCUUCUCUGUCUUCUGUGUCUAACAUAUUCUCUUCUUUGAGCUUUCAACUGGAGCCUUAGCCUCCUUCUGUCUGUGUCACGGGCUGGGGUGGGGGGUUCAUGUUGGGAUGAGAUGGGGGUGUUGGAGGUCAUCUCUAAGGGCUACAGAGGCGUCACUGAUGUGUUUUCUCACUCUGUUUGUUAUCUGUCUGUGUUAAAGCUUGGGGGUGCAUGCUCAGUGUACCAGGGGCCAACUUCUGUAUCGGGGGGGCAUCUAGCCUCAAGGCGACAGGGUUAUUGAGCCUCAUGCAAGAACCAACUCGUACAAACAGAAUAGUAAGAAAACGUUUUCUCAUGAUAUAGUUUUCCGUUGGGUACAUAGGAAAUAAAGAAGCCGUUCUUUCUCCAACACAAUAAAAAUGUGUUUGACUUAAAUACUAAUAUGAAUAUAAAUGAACUUGGAGAUUAAUUGUCUCAAACUAAAAAUGCAAAAUAACCAAACAAAAGUAAAAUUGCUAAUAUUCUGUUCAAUCUGUCAAACAUUUCAGCACAUCAUGUAACCAGGGGUGCCCAAAAGGUCGAAGUGAGGUAGAUUGCGCACCGUUAAUAGAAAUAUACAUAUAUACUCCCCCAACGGAACCCCGCGCCCCAGGAAUUCAAGUUGUUUGUUUUUUACUUGCCUUGCGCAUUCACCAAUGUUUCGCUCCCGCACACACACACCUAAGAGACAGAGCGGAGGAAAGGAGAGGAGUGGAGUGAACUACACACCAGCAACCCCCCCCAUCACACAAACCGCUGACAGCACGCCCCCCUGGUCAUUUCAAAAAUAGCUCAUAAGCCCAAAAAGUGUGGGCCCCCCUGAUGUAUACCAUGAUAUCAUCUGCAUAUUAUCCAUUUAAAUCCACAGUAAUUCUUGAAACAACGGGUCCUUGUUUCAGACAGAAGUAGAUAAAAGCAGCUGAAAAGUCGACUGUACUUCCUGUAACUAGCUCGCUAAUUAAGCCAACGUUAGCUUCAUGAGCUGAUUGAAAACUCUGUCUUAAGUUGAUUUCUUAGUGUUUGUCGCGGACUUGUUUGCAGAUUCAGAUAACUUUAUUGUUCAUUAGAUUUGCAUACAAUGGAAAUUGUUCUUUGGCACUGACGUAAGAAACAACGCAAACAAUACACAACGAUUAUGCGUCUUAAAAAGCAAAAGUGCAAUAAUGAAAGUGAUGAGUUGGUUGUUCUACUGGUAUGUAAGUCCAUCUAAACAUCAGUUGAGAACCCUGCAAAGGUUUUUAAAUGUGAACACGAUGGCCUCACACUGAAUCACGCUAAAUUUGAAGGAGGAAGAUAAACAACGUGUUGUGAGAAGUGAAGGCGCGUUUCUCGAGGCGUCCAAUCCAAUAAACCCAACAAAACCUGGUAACUUGUUCCAUAAAUUCAUUGUUGCAUUCUUUGAAAAUACAGCAGUGUUUUUCCUUUUUCACAAAAAGUACGCUGAGACUUUAAAGAUUUUAGAUCUCUAUCCGGGCGAAUAAACACACAAGAUGUGCAUUUUCAGUUUGCAGUGUUUCCUGUUGUCGGUGGUGUAAAAGUUGGUGAAUGGAUAAAAGCUAAAUGAGCACAGAAGAAUUGAAUGAAUGAGGACGUACAUAAAGCUCAGAUCUGAUGUCCUCACAUUAACAAUGAACUCAAAUGAAUGAUUUACAUCCGCUUUUCUUCUUCUGUAAAGUUUUAACGGUUCUCCACCUCCUGCUUAUCUCCGUCAACCAAGUCCGAAUAAUCGCACAAAACAAGCUUUCAUUGACACUUCCUGUUGCUGAUUUUCUCUGAAUUCGGUUAAUUUGCGAAACAUUUGUACGGAAACACGGCGACAGGGAGAUUUGUUCAGAAUAAUGAUGCAAACGUGUUCUUGCAUGAGGCUUGUUGUCGACUUUAGAAGUAAAUCUAACUUGUGGAUCCUCUCAGCUGUGCUCUGCAACACGUAGGCUAAGCUGCCGCCGCGGCCCUCCGUCUCCGUCCUGCUGUAGCCAACACUGUACAUAGUGACACUCCAAUCAUAGUUCAUAUCAACAGUUUAACCUCCGAACUGAAGGUAUGCUGACCUGCAGGUAACCGGUGAAACUAACCCGCCCGGUGAACUGACGACAUCAAUAAUGGAGGAUUCAAACGCAGUCCACUCCAUCGUUGUCGUGUCCUGAGACAUGAUGAUGAACUUUUCUAAAACAAAUCCUCAGCAGCAGUGUUGUUGUUGUUGUUGUUGUUAUUGUUGUUGUUGUUGGAGUGUAUAAGGUUGUUUUUCUUCUUCAUGUAUUAGCUCUUAUUACUGUAGACUGCAUGCUUAGACAGGUUUGGUUCUGGCAUGUUCAUCACUUAGAAUAUGAUGUGUUGUGAACGUGUUUGCAAAAACUAAAAAGAAACACAAAAAGUAAAUAUAUAUAUUAUAUAUAAUAUACAUAUAUAUAUAGUGGGGACCAUCAUCACCCACGUCUGUCCAUUUUCUAUUCACUCUGUUAAUGAACAGAAGAUGAACGCCUCAUUAAUGUACAUUUACUCAUGUUUCCUGCGUGUGUGUGAGAGUGUGUGUGUGAGAGUGUGUGUGUGUGUGUGUUGUUUCCUGUCAAUCACUUUUUGUUGAACCAUGAAGCUGAAAAUGAAUCUUGUUUCUGUAUUAAUCUGCCUUUUGUUGCUCUGACUUCUUUUGAUUGUAAACUGUGAUGCACUCUUAAA